AUGUUCCCAGUAAUGUCCAGCCAUCGCCUUUGGUGGGGUAGGCUUCACAGGAGAAUCUGCCUGAGCCAAGCAGUGCUGAACAGGCAACCCUUAGAGCACAUGCACCUCAGAGUUGGAGACCGGGCUGAACUCAGGAGGGCCUUCACACAGAGGGACGUGGCCACCUUCUCAGAAUUAACAGGGGACAUCAAUCCUUUGCACUUAGAUGAAGAUUUUGUAAAACACACCAGAUUUGGAAAGACAAUUGUCCAUGGAGUUUUGAUCAAUGGACUUAUUUCAGCUCUCCUCGGUACUAAAAUGCCAGGGCCAGGCUGUGUGUUUCUUUCCCAGGAAAUUAACUUUCCAGCCCCUUUAUAUGUUGGGGAAGUUGUUUUAGCUUCUGCAGAAGUGAAAAAGCUGAAGCGGUUCAUUGCCAUUAUUGCAGUAUCAUGUUCCGUACUAGAAAGUAAAAAGACUGUUAUGGAAGGGUGGGUUAAAGUUAUGGUCCCAGAAGCUCCCAAAUCCUGAAAUAUGUCUUUAGAGGUACAAGUUCAGGCAUCAGUGUUGUUAUUGAAAGCCUCUGAGGAAAACAGGGAUGGCUCUUCUUCAGCAAGGACAGGCUCAUAAACCUGUACUAGGGGAAGGGAGCAGAUAGAGAGAUGUUCCAGUGUCCACUUAGGCUUCACUCCGGCUUAAGUAUAUUUAUCAUCUAUCUAGGUUUUCAACACUGAAAAACAUAGGCAAUUCCCUGGUGGUCCAGUGGUAGGACUCUAGGCUUUCACUGCCAGGGGCAUGGAUCCAAUCCCUUGUCAGGAAAGUAGGAUCCCACAAGCCGUGUGGCACAGCAUGCACAUGCGUGCACAAACACACACACACAAGUGAACAGGGGAGAUCAGAGGUGAUUCUAAGGUUGCACAUUGUUAACCAGGCUCCCAUAAGGUGCCAUUAAAAAAGAAAAAAAAAACUGAAAAAAGUGUUAGGAAAGUUAUCAUUUAGCUUAAUGUUCUACUUUUAGGAUUCCAAACCUAAUUAGAUUUGCAUUCAGAUAACACAAACCUACCUAUAUCUGUGCAGAUAAGAAUUUACUAAAGUCACUGAGUUUAUAAGUAGCAAGCAUUUAAUUAUUAAAGGCAACGAUGGAAGAUAGGUCAUCUUUGAACACAUCUUUUAACAGUAAAUAUUGUUAGAUCCUGUUCUUCAGCAGUUUCUGAAUCAGAGUUUAUUAUAAUUUGUUACUGUUUACACCAACAUGGUGAUUUAUUGAUCCUUCCUUCAGUGUCACUUGCCCUUCAGAUGGUUUUCCUGUCACUGGGGGAGGGCUUAUGUGCAUCUUUGGACUCAGUUCUGUAAGCUCUCUUGGUUUCAUCUAUAAAGCAGUGAUAACGACUCCAUACAGGAGUGCUGGAGAUGACAGAUACAAACAGGUAAGCACAAGGCCCAGCCUCUAAACAAGUAGCAGCUGCUGUUGCCAUUCUCAUCUGGGAGCAAGGUUACAGGUUUCCUGAGCUUGGAGCUAUCUGGCCAAAAAUUAAAGAACAGAUGAAUCUUUCAGGAUGUCAGCCAGUCUCCAUUGGUUUUCUAAACCUGGAAUAGAUCUUGAGUGCAGAGUUUCUAUUUUAGCAAUCCAGGUGAUUUUCUCUCUCCCUUGAAAAUAUUUUGGGGAGUCCCCACCCAUUAUAUAAAUAAUACAUGCUUUUAUUAAAAUAAUUAUAAAAAGAUUGAGGGGACACUGGUGGCCAAGUUCUUGAGCAUUGAGGGGUGUUAGAGAGGAAACGUGCCUAAUUUGUUAUUAUUGGUCAUCCUGUACACAGCCAGCACUAUUAAGACAAGAAUCUAUGGUAGAACAUACAGGUAGUCCAUCUGUGCUCUGUGGCUUUAGAUGGUGGCUCAGACCACAGCUGGUUGCUUUGAUCAGGAAGAUAAGAUCAAACUAAUUGGCUGCAUCCACCCACAUUUCCUGGAAAAAAUUUUCCUGCUGCUGGGUCAGUAACUAGAUUUUUGUUGUUGUUUACGUCAACUACUACUACUAUUAAGUCGCUUCAGUCGUGUCCGACUCUGUGCGACCCCAUAGACAGCAGCCCACCAGGCUCCCCGUCCCUGGGAUUCUCCAGGCAAGAACACUGGAGUGGGUUGCCAUUUCCUUCUCCAGUGCAUGAAAGUGAAAAGAAAGUGAAGUCGCUCAGUCGUGUCUGACUCAGCGGCCCCACGGACUGCAGCCCACCAGGCUCCUCCAUCCAUGGGAUUUUCCAGGCAGGAGUCCUGGAGUGGGGUGCCAUUGCCUUCUCUGUGUUUACAUCAAGGGGAUCCUUAAAACAGACUACCAGAAAGAAUUGUUCUCAUCACUAGAGGGCAGUGUUGUGUAUAAAUGAGUAGUUCAAUAUUGUACCAUACUCCAGUUUGUGUUGGUAGUGUGGAAAAUACCAAAAUCAGGGUGCAGAGCAAGGAUGCCAUUAUUAUGAGUUUCAGAAGGGGAAGCUUAUACGGGUUCAGGUUCACCUGAAGAAGGUGUAUGUAUACGUGAAACACGGUACAUGCAGAUAAUUGGAUGUGACACUGGAAAACAAAACGGAGAAUUUGAGUCACAAAAUAAACACUUGAUGCUGAGACCAUCUAUUCCUGCAGAACUCAUUCUCUGGGAUUGAAUGGCAAUCCUGAAGGAUGGGUCUGCAAGUGGAGUGUGGUGUGAUCAUUGAUACUGUAAGUUACCAUUCUUUCAAUGAUAAGCCAGGUUUCUACAGUAAUUCUAAUCCUUUAAACAGUUUUAUGAAGUUACUGUUCCGUUUUAUGGGCUCUAUGACUUGCCCAGGGUUGUCAGCUAGUAUGCAGUGGAGCUGGGAUCCACAUGGGCCUGCCUGGCUCCAGAACAUUUCUUUUUUCCAUUACCCUGUGGGUCUUAAAAUGUUCCCAUGUUGGAAUGCUAUCAGUUUCUAUAAUAGUAUCUUAUGUUGCAUUUGUAUUUGGAACUACCAUCGUACAUAAUUUUUUUUCUAUUUAGAAUAUUCUAGAUCCUAUUCCCUGUUACAGUUUUAAUGUUUUCCUCGCUGUUACUUGAUGGCUUCUACCAAAACCUAUUGCCUGUACUUUUUCUAAGUUGAUAUU